UUGUGAAUCAAGAAGCUGUCAUGUGAGAUAAAAUCUGAGCUCGACCCCGCACCACUGGUAGCUUUUCUUGGCCGUACCACCCUCUGUGAGCUCCGCGCCCUUCCUCCUCCUCCCUCACGUUGCUACUUCCAGCCUGUAACUUGUUAAUAGGGCCUCCAUGGAUAAACAAAUUGCCCAACUUCAUUAACCAGCCAUCUACUUCCCGUACUGCCACUUAGCUUUUUGAAACCAGCCCUCAGCCAACCUCCAUAAGCUUUCUCUUUCCCACCUUCCGCAUAUUCAAAGCGCUUCGGACAUAAUAGAUCAGUGUGGUUCAUGAGUCCACAAAUAAAGCAAAAGUGCAAUCUUUCUUAUUUCUUAUAUUCCACCCCCUGAUUCGCACAAAUUCUUUCCACCCCUUGAUAAAAACACCAACCUGGUUGCCAAUAAUCUGGGCAAUUUUCUCCAUGAGUUGAUGGAAUAGAUGUCGGAUUGUCUGCCGGGUCCAGUUUGCGUGAAACGAGCAAAGACGACGAAGAAUCCUGUUCCUUUCACACCAAUUACCCCAACAUCCCCAAGCUAUUCUCGCCAGAUCAAUUUUCCUUUCCACCUGAAAAGUGAGCUCCAACCACUCCAGGAAAGAACCGGCCGUCUGCCCCACCUGCUCAAAAUUACUCCAGCCCAUUGCUCGCCAAGAUUCAAUAGCCACUGUACAACGCACAAAGCAGUGAAGCAAUGAUUCUUCUCCCCCUCCACACAGUCCGCACCUUACCAGACAUCCCACCCUUCGGCUAGCUAGAUUGACAGUAGUCGGCAGACAACCAACCCAAGCUUGCCAGAAAAAAGAUUUAAUCUUUGGUGGGAGUUUCCAGUUCCACAUCAAUGCCCAGCCUGUCCAUAAAUCCUCCUGAGACUCGCCUGUGAUUUUCCUGUAACAUCUACGCACUGAGGAUCUGCCCCACUCUCCCGUCUCCAGAUUAGUUUAUCAGAGUAUAUGAAAGAUCUUACGUAUCUAGAGAAGGAAAGAAAGAUACAUCCCAAUCGUCACAUUGAUGCAUUUAUGAAGGCAUCAUCAGUUAGCAGUGGAAAACACACUGUGUGUACAUAUUAUAUUAUGAAAGUACUUGGUCUUGACAUUUGUUCAGAUACUCUAGUUGAAAAUGAGAUGCUUAUGGGUGUUUCAGGUGGAAAAAAGGAAGAGCGUUACAACAGGAGUAUUGAUUGUUGGGCCAAGAAAGACUCUGUUUAUGGAUGAAAUAUCUACUGGACUUGACAGCUCUACUACAUACCAUAUUGUGAAGUGCAUAAGGAAUUGUGUUCAUCUAAUGGAAGGAACCAUCUUAAUGGCUCUUCUUCAGCCUGCCCCAGAGACAUUUGAUAUGUUUGAUGAUCUGGUUUUGCUUUCCGAAGGAUAUGUAGUGUACCAUGGUCCACGAGAUAGUGUUGUUGAGUUCUUUGAGUCAUUAGGUUUUAAACUGCCACCUCGUAAGGGGAUUGCAGAUUUUCUUCAGAAGGUGACUUCAAGGAAAGACCCGGCACAAUACUGGGCUGAUCAUUCAAAACCAUAUGCUUUUAUUCCAGUUUCAAAAAUUGCUGAAGAUAUUGUCAGGCCUUGGAGUCUUAUCUGUCAGGUCCUUAUGAAGGAACUGGUGCUCAUCAUUCAGCUCUCUGUGCUAAAAGGUUUGCAGUCUCUAACUGGGAGCUCUUUAGAGCAUGUUUUUCCAGGGAACUGCUUCGUUUUAAAAGACACAGAUUUCUUUACUCUUUGCCAGGUUGCAUUUGUGGGAUUUCUGACGUGCACAAAGUUCCUAAGAACCCGGUUACACCCCACUGAUUUGGUCAACACAAAUCUGGGAAAUGAAAUACUCCCUCCGUCCCGAAAAGGUUGGCCAAAUUUCCUUUUUUGGAUGUCCCAAAAAGAUUUGCCAUUUCCAUUUAAAGUAAGGAAUAUGUGGCUAAAAUUAAUACUCUCCCCUCUGCACAAAUUUCAACCACACAGUUUUUACUUUAUUAAUCCACAUGAAAGUCAACUUUGGUCAACCUUUUCGGGACGGAGGGAGUAUAAAACAAAUAACCUUCUGAAGAAAAUCUGCAAUCCCCUGACGAGGUGGUAGUUUAAAACCUAAUGACUCAAAGAACUCAACAACACUAUCUCGUGGACCAUGGUACACUACAUAUCCUUCGGAAAGCAAAACCAGAUCAGCAAACAUAUCAAAUGUCUCCAGGGCAGGCUGAAGAAGAGCCAUUAAGACGGUUCCUUCCAUUAAAUGAACAAAAUUCCUUAUGCACUUCACAAUAUGGUAUGUAGUAGAGCUGUCAAGCCCCACAGAUAUUUCAUCCAUAAACAGAGUCUUUCUUGGCCCAACAAUCAUCUCUCCUGCAUUGACAUGUCCCAAUUAUGGAAUGAUCAUUCAACGCUAUGAGCCUAUGAGCACUGAAGAAUAAAGUUUCUCAUUAACUACGGAAACAAUUUUAUGUCAAUGUAGUUUUCUAUGUCAGUAAUUUUCAAUUGUUCAUUUUCUUGUUUAGAAGGAUGAACAUUUUUGUCAUCACAUAUACAUUCCUGUAUUUCUUGAUUUUUUGUCUUUCAACCAAGUGAUCUGCUACACCUUUUGUGCAUAGAAGAAUGUUUUUUAAGAAUGUGUAUAGAAGAAUCAUUCGCAAGAGAUUCUUUAGAACUCUCGGUUUUGAUUCUCACAGGGGCAUUCAUAGCAGGAUUAUGUGACUUUUUCACUUUACUUGUUUGUAUCUGUAACUGUAAAUGCAUAAGGCUACAUUAUCUGUAACUGUAUAAAUGAAUUUUGCUCACAUAAUUUUGUUUUUGAGUAAAGGUGAGAUAAUCCUGUUGCAUUCAA